CCUCCGCACGCUCAUGCCUCUUUGUGUCGUUGCUGUUGCUGUUGCCUGUUGGGUAUUAUAAAUAUAAAUUAUAUUACAAUAAUAUUGCGCAGUUGGUCGAGUCGAUCACACGUCGACCCGUCUACGUCUCGAGCAGUACACCGCGGUAGUGCUGUUCAUCAGUACAUCACCUUCUCUUCACAAACGCGUUGUUACGGCGUCACUGGUUCUGAUUCUCUUUGUGCUCCACACACAAACUAAUAAAUUAUAGUUAACGUUAUUGUCUACGGUACAACACUAACAUGAAGGUAGUCAUAGUUUUGGGAUUGGUGGCUUUUGCCAUCAGCACAGUUAGCUCAAUAAACUUAAAUGAAGUUAUUGAAGAAGAAUGGGGUUUAUUCAAAAUUCAAUUCAAUAAAUUAUAUGAAGAUAUUAAAGAAGAAACAUUCCGUAAAAAAGUGUAUUUAGAUAAUAAGUUGAAAAUUGCUAGACACAAUAAAUUAUACGAAACCGGUGAAGAAACAUAUGCAUUGGAAAUGAAUCAUUUUGGUGAUUUAAUGCAACACGAAUAUACUAAAAUGAUGAAUGGAUUUAAACCAAGUUUGGCUGGUGGUGAUAGCAAUUUCACUAACGAUGAAGCUGUGACAUUCUUGAAAUCUGAAAAUGUUGUUGUUCCAAAAUCAAUGGACUGGAGGAAGAAAGGAUAUGUAACUCCUGUCAAAAACCAAGGUCAAUGUGGAUCAUGCUGGUCUUUCAGUGCCACUGGAUCGUUGGAAGGACAACAUUUCCGUAAAACUGGUGUGCUAGUAUCUUUGAGUGAGCAAAACUUAAUUGAUUGCUCUCGUAAAUACGGUAACAAUGGUUGUGAAGGUGGUCUUAUGGAUCUUGCUUUCAAGUACAUCAAAUCUAACAAGGGACUUGAUACUGAAAAAUCUUACCCAUAUGAAGCCGAAGAUGACAAGUGCCGUUAUAAUCCCGAGAACUCUGGUGCCACUGACAAAGGUUUUGUUGAUAUACCUGAAGGUGAUGAAGAAGCCCUCAUGCAUGCUUUGGCUACUGUAGGACCAGUCUCUAUUGCUAUUGAUGCUUCAUCAGAGAAAUUCCAGUUCUACAAAAAGGGUGUGUUUUACAAUCCCCGUUGUAGUUCCACAGAACUGGACCAUGGUGUGCUUGCUGUUGGUUUUGGCACUGACAAGAAAGGAGGUGACUACUGGAUUGUUAAAAAUUCAUGGGGCAAGACUUGGGGAGACCAAGGGUAUAUAAUGAUGGCACGUAACAAGAAAAACAACUGUGGUGUUGCAUCCAGUGCCAGUUAUCCUUUGGUCUAAAUGUUUGUAAUUUGAAAUUAUUAAUUGUAUUCUUUUUUUUUAAACAUAUUUCUCAAUAUUUUUUAUAAUGGCAUUUUUAAUGUUACACUUAAUUAAUUUAUAAGAAUAUAUCGACUUCUAAAACAAAUUUUAAUAUGAUUUAUUUACAUUUUAAGUAUUUUUUUUUUAUUAAUUUGAUUUUUCUAUCAAAUAUCAGUAUCUUUGUUCCAUCAUUACUUUUAAAAAAUGUCUGGAUAACAAAAGCAAGACAAAUCAAAAACUAAUCAUUAUUUUUUCUUGUAAAAAAAAAAAAAAACAAACUUCAAAAAUAUUAAUAAUUCCUAAUUACUUGACUUCUAUAAUACACAUUGAAUAAUAUAACAGUUUUUAAAAUUAAAACAUAUUUUUAAUAUAAUAUUUACAUUAGUUAAUUAAGUUAGAAUAAUAUAUGAAAAUAAUAGUAUUAUCAUUGUGUCAUUUAUAGUUAAUUUAAAAUUGUCAAAGACUAGAUAUUAAUAAUAUUUAAGGUUAGGUUAAAAUAAUUUUGUUAUGCAUUGUAUGUAUAUCAAAAUGUUUUCUUUUAUGUCAUAUAUGUAAGGAAUAAAACCUAAGUUUAGUUUGUGAUUAUGAUAAAAAUUGUCAUACAACCAAUUGUGGUAAAAAUAUAUUAUUUUUGACAAGA